CCGGAUGCCCGUAUCAAUCUCAAGAAGCUAUCACACGUCCGCUACCAACACCCCAACCUACAGGAGAUCCAUCAGUUCCUGCUGGACUUUGGCCUUCAGGUGGCGCACCAGACCGACAAACAGAUCUGGCACCGCGGAUACGGCCCCGAUCACUACGUGUAUUAUACGCAAAAGGGUCCCCGCAAGUUCCUGGGGGGCGCUUUCGAAGCAGACAGUCUAGGAGACUUCCAACGAGCAGCGGCUUUACCCAACGCCGGUCCCGUGCGAAAGCUAGCGGAUGCCCCAGGGGCUGGCUCCAUGGUGACAAUCACCGACCCCGAUGGAUUCCCCUUCAACGUGAUCUAUGACCAGGGGCCCAUCAAUUCUUCCCGCGAACAGCCAAAACAGGAGAAGACAGUUCUGAGCUUCCCGAGCGAGAAGCCGCGUGUAAGACAGUUCAAUCAGUUUAAACCUGGACCAGCUGCAGUUUACAAGUUGGGUCACUUUGGCCUUUCCACGCAGGAUUUCGAGUCUCAAUUGCAGUUCUACACGUCCACCUUCAACAUCGUGCCCACCGACGUGGUCUACAUCGAACAAGAUGGUCAGCGAAUCCCCGUCACGGUGUUCCUGCAUCUGGAUCUGGGACAGGAGCCCGUAGACCACCACGCGUUCUUCCUCGGCGCCAAUCCAAAGACCUCGCACGGGCACCAUUGCUCUUUCGAGGUCCAUGACUACGACUCGCAGCAGCUCGGCCACCAGUGGCUGGUCGAGAAGGGGUGUCGGCCGGCCUGGGGAGUAGGUCGUCAUGUGCUGGGAUCUCAGAUCUUCGAUUACUGGUGGGAUAUCUCGGGCAAUAUGGUCGAACACUACGCCGAUGGCGACUUGGUGAAUGCCGAGACGCCCAUUGGAUAUGUGCCUGCAGGGCCGGAUUCGUUGGCGAUUUGGGGGCCUAAAGUUCCUGCCGCGUUUCUGGAGUAA